CUCUGGUCUGACGUCACCUCUGACGUCACGUCUAGGAGGCUAAAUCGAGCAGCGCAGCGGAGCGGAGCAACUACAGACUAAAGAUGUUUCGCAACCAGUACGACAACGACGUGACGGUUUGGAGCCCACAGGGCCGCAUUCACCAGAUUGAGUACGCCAUGGAGGCGGUGAAGCAGGGCUCUGCCACCGUGGGACUGAAGUCCAAAACCCACGCCGUCCUGGUCGCCCUGAAGAGAGCUCAGUCUGAGCUGGCUGCCCACCAGAAGAAGAUCCUCCAUGUGGACAACCACGUCGGCAUCUCCAUCGCAGGACUGACUGCUGAUGCUCGGCUGCUCUGCAACUUCAUGCGUCAGGAGUGUUUGGACUCGAGGUUCGUCUUCGACAGGCCUCUCCCCACGUCUCGCCUCGUCUCGCUCGUUGGCAGCAAAACCCAGAUCCCAACACAGAGAUAUGGCAGGAGGCCCUACGGCGUGGGACUGCUGAUCGCUGGCUACGACGACAUGGGACCCCACAUCUUCCAGACCUGCCCCUCAGCAAACUACUUUGACUGCAAAGCCAUGUCCAUCGGAGCGCGGUCGCAGUCGGCCCGGACCUACCUGGAGAGAUGCAUGGACAAGUUCUCCGACUGUAACCUGAAUGAUCUGGUCCAGCACGGCCUGCGAGCCCUGAGAGAAACCCUCCCCACGGAGCAGGACCUCACCACCAAGAAUGUUUCCAUCGGCAUCGUGGGUAAGGAGCGGGAGUUCGCCAUCUACGACGACGACGAGGUGGCGUCUUUCCUGGAGGGGCUGGAGGAGCGGCCGCAGAGGAAGGUGGCUCAGCCCUCAGACGAACCUGCAGCUGCUGCUGCCGAAGGUCCGGACGAGCCCAUGGAGCACUGAGACCCACCAGACCGGACCAACCCGGACCAGAACCCCGAGGGGCCGGCCGGCUCCUCCCGCUCCACUGUAGCCUCCGCUGGAGGAAGUUCGCCAUCAUCCCAGAAAUAAAGUCAUGUUUUUGAA